ACUUUGUCGUUAGGCGGUAUUUGUACAAACAGGCAGGCGGUUAGUGCUAUUUCAUAAAGUUAAGCGCUUAUGUAAUUCUCUUGCACUUUUGGCUUCAUCGCGCAGUCUUUCAUUGAAGAGAUGGAGAAUCCCGAACUGUAUAUAAAGCACAUAUUACCUCACCAAGCAAUACAUUAUCGACAUGUAAUGGACACUUACUUUCCACAUAUUCGCCAUGGUACGAACCACAGCAAGUCAGUGCUAGACAUAGGCUGCGGUCCUGGAAAAGCGAUUCGCGACGUUAUUCUUCCCUACCUGGAGCAAGACAUUAAAGAAGUUAUUGGAGUUGAUGUUUCUAAAACAAUUCUCGACUACGCGAAUAAAACGUACGGAGAUGAUCGGUUUAGUUUUGAGGAAGUUGAUGUAUCAUCAGAAGUUCCCGAUAAAUUUGUAGGUCGUUUCGACUACAUAUUUUCCUUUAUGGUAUUCAAUUGGAUAACAGAUAAAAGAAAACUGUAUUCUAACAUCUUAAAAAUGUUGAAACCGAAUGGCCGCUUUCUUGCCACCUAUAAAGCUUCUGGUACAUUGGGCCAUAUCACCAAGGAACUAUGUCAAAUGGAAAAAUAUGCACCUUACUUAGCAACCAAUUACCAGAAAAGAGCGAACUUGAAAAUGUCACCAGAGGAAUUGACUAACCUUUUGAAAGAUAUAGGAUUUGAAAGUGUCUUUUGUCAAGUAAAGCCAACUCGUUAUGAUAAUUAUACUAGGGAAGACCUGGAAGCUUUCCUCAUUACAAUAAAUCCGUUUCAUAAAACAAUUCCGAAUAAUUUACAAAGGGAAUUCAUAUUAGACCAGGUCGAUCGAGUUGAUUCGGUGAUUGAUGCCAACGGUAUAAGAAAAUUUUGCCUUGAGGACGACUUGUUUGUAAUAUAUGGGCGAAAAAAAAACUGAAUAUAGGCGUAUUUCGCAUUGAAUUUGUUAAAACAAUCUAUAUUCUUAUUAUUGGUCUUUAAUAAAAACAUCUCUGAGUAAUGAUUAAA